AUGACUCGUAACAUCAUAAGCGGUCUGCAGCAGCUCGUGUUGAGUGCCGCGGAUACAACAUCUUUUUUACGCCAGCAGACAGAGUUCCGGCGCACGAAGAAUUUGGAAGGCCAGCGCGAAACCCGCAGAGGUCUCAACGAGGCCAUUGCCGGCUGGAGGGCACUGUCAGUCAGCCGCCAGCGCACGUCGGCUAGAACCUCGUGCAGCCCCGGCUCAUCCCCACCAACAUUGCACUCGCCUGCGAGCGGGUGCUCCAGCAGUGAGGCGGCGAAUGCGCGCUGCGCCGCAACGGGUACCGCGAGCAAGCUGGACCGCCGCACUACCCAUGCACAGAUAUGCAAAACACAUACGGUCCGCAAAGGUGCAAGGGACGCCAGCGGAACGGUGUUUUGCGAGCAGGGCUUGAAAGACUCAGACCUGAAACAUCUUUAG